CCAACACAAAUAAAGUCAAAAUAAAAGCCAACCAAAAGCACUAUUCCAUCUAUUUCCGGCCGUAUUUAGGGAAAGGAAAAGGGGCACCCCGAGGGGCUCUGGGAGGGAUCUUGUAACCAUGCGCGUUCUGAACACUGAAUUGCGUUUGCGCUUUAAGAAUCGCAAACCACGUCCAUUCAAUCGUGCAGCUAGCGCUGAUGAUGCCUCUGAUCUAACUAAUGGAGUAAAUGGAUCCACUAAUAUGAACGGCAGCAUCAGUUCUCCAUCCACGCCCAACAAUUGCACGGGGGGCGUUGGAGUGGGCAGCGGAGGAGGAGUUGGAGUCGGCGGCUGUAGCAGUAGUAGCAAUAAUAGCAUCAAUAGCGGCACUUACUCAGCAACUCAAGCCACACAAUCGGCAUCCAAUCUUUCGGGUACACCGCCGCCGCAAAGUGAACGGGUUGGAGUAGGAAGUGGUGUACCGCCAGCACCGCCGACGACAACAACGGGAUCAUCGGGACAUAAGAACAGUUUAAAGGGAACAAAAUUAGCGCGUAGAGCGCGUUCCUUUAAGGACGAUCUAAUCGAAAAGAUCUCAUUGAUGCGUACCACCAACAAUACGCUGGGACGAUCCCACUCACCGCAUUCGCCAAGGGCAAAACAUGGAUCAGCUAAACCGCCGCCAACCACCGAGGAGGUGCAGCGUUCCACGCAAACAUUGGAAACGCAUGUCAAGGAUAUAUCGAAUGCCCUUAAGCAUUUUCGUGAUGUUAUACUCAAGAAGAAGCUGGAAGUUUUGCCAGGCAAUGGAACAGUUAUACUGGAGACCAUAGCCAGCAUGUAUUCGGUUAUACAAUCGUAUACAUUAAACGAGAAUAGUGCCAUUAUGAGCUCAGCCACACAGCAGGUAUCCCAAUCUUUGGGUAAACUCAUUAAACUCUGCGACGAGGUGAUGCUUAGUGAGGAGAGCGGGGAGUGUGCCUCCUUGAGUAAUGAGAAUGUGCGCGAGGUUAUCGAUCUACUUGAAGAUGCAGUUCGAAAUCUCGUGACAUUGGCACAGGGCAAACUAAAAGAGCAGGAUCAAUGCGCUUUUCGUUACGGUGGCCCUGGUCUGGGUGGCAUUGGAGCGGCUGCUGAAAUAAUGGGCGCCGUUGCUGCAUCCACCGCCGGGUCUGCAGCCUGCACCUCCAACUCCGUAGCCAAUAUGCGAGUCUCUGCCGAUGCAGCGGCAGCAGCCGCUGUGGCCCAGCGUACAUCGCUGCCGGAUAUAGCAUUAACGCCCAAAGAACGCGAUAUACUCGAGCAGAGCAAUGGGAAUCCCAUGCGAGGAUCGCAUAGCACUGAGAGCAUAUUACGCGACACAAGUCCACCGCCGAAACCGCCGCUGCCCAAUCGGGUUAGCAAUCCCCCACCGUUGCCGCCAAAGCGGCGAAGCCAGCAAUCACAACAGACGGGCGGCGGCAAUUCCUCAUCAUCUACCACCGCAUCCACCUCGAACCAAGCCAGUCCGUUGCCCUAUACCCAAUCGCAUAAUAUUAGUCUCAAUUCGGAUUUGGACUGUAGCUCAAAUUUCUCGCUCUUAAACUAUGGUGUGGAUCGACUAUCGGUACGAUCACGCUCACCAGAUGAGAAUAGCCAAUGCUCCUUCGACUCUUCCCUGAAUCAUUCACGCGAUGAGGAGGAUCACCAGCAACAUCAGCAACUACUGCAGCAGCAGCAACAGCAACUGCUCCAAAUGAAAUCAACAGCGGCAAAACAAUCACUUCAUCAGCUCGAUGACGAUGUGGAUAAAUUAAUUAGCUACAAAACAACAAUGGAUACAAAGGCAAUGGCAUCUAUGGCCAAUGCAGGUGCCACCGCUGCCCAAAUGUCAGGGCCGUUGCCGGCAGGAGGUGCUGCUGCUGAUACCAACACGGAGCUGCGUAAGGCAGCCGAUAUUCUAACCAGCAAUCGUCAUUCAAAUGAAUCGGGUUUCGUAUCGAUGAUGUCGUUGCGCACCUCCACGCAAAGUGUAUCAAAGCGUUCCUCCGACCAAAGUGUGCAAUCCUCAACAAAAUCAUCGAGUAGCAAUUCAGAGAUUGCAUUUGGCAGUAGUAGCAGUGAAUUGACGACGACGACAACAACAGCAACAGCGGCAGCAGCAGCUACAACUGCAAGCAGCAGUGAAUAUCAGCAAAUAAAUCAGCGACACACAUCCACUACAACCACAACAAGCAGUGGCAGCACCACUACAACCAGCACUAGCACUAGCUAUGAACACGAGCAGACUAACAGCAGUUCCUCGCCUGAAUUGGCACCUGCCUUGCCACCAAAGAUACAGCGGACUUUAACGCGUCAUGAGUCUGGUAGCCUGAUGAUGGAUGAGGUGGACGAUUCGGGGGCAGAGAUUGCUGAAUUAAGGCAAAUGUCGCCGCAUCAUCAUCAUCGUUUGCAUCAUCAUCAACAACAGCAUCAGCAGCAUCAUCAUCAGCAUAAUCAUCAUUCGUCUUCGUCCCAGUUACAUCAGUGGCAUUCCAAGCAUCAUAGUCUCAUUGAGCCGCCACAAAAUUCGCAUUUUGCGAGCAGCUGUACGGCAUUUGAUCGCCAUUUAGCUGAGGAGCCGCCACCAUUGCCAAUGAAGAAGAAACACAUGUUUCAAAGUGUGGCCUUCUCGGUUUUGGCCUACAUGGAAAUAUGCUCGGCGUCAACGCGUUCCAUUGAGCAGCAUCGUCAUACAAUGCACGCCUGCAACAUUAGUCGGAAUAUAACCCACAGCCAGACGAUGAAUAUUAUGCAAAUGAGCAAGGAACUAUCGCCGGAGAUGGAAACACCGCCGGCUCUUCCGCCCAAGAAUUACAAGCAGCGCAAGCCCUCAAUGUCCACAUCGACAACGACGGCGGUGCCGGCGACAGCAAUGCCCACAAUAAUUACGACACCGCCCCCGAGUCCAAAGCCAGCGCUUGGCGAGAAUGGCUCCGGACUGCGAAAUAGCCGUAUGACCACAGUGUCAGAAGAGUUGGCCACAGAGGGAGAGAUGCCACCGCACUCCACGAUCGUAGUUGAUAGCAAUGAGAAUGUUGCCGGGUCUGGUGAUUCAGCUGUAACGGUCUCUGGAGUCGGUGGCAAUGGUCAGACUUUUUAUUGUCAUUCACAUCAGCUGCCCAAUGAGACGAGGGGACCCAAUGAUGAUGAGGACAAUGAACAGCCGAUUAGUACACCCAAAAUGCUUGAGGAUCAGCAAGAAGGAGCGCCAGGUGAUGGACGGCAAGCACAUGAGGACGAAGAUGAGGAGGAGGAUGAGGAAGAGGAGUCGGAAGAGCCGGAUGAAAUGCUGGUCAAUAUGCUUGAGGAAGUCGAUAUAACGCCAUAUUUAAUACUCAAAAAGAAGGACGAAGAUGGUCCCGAGGUCAAGGGCGGUUACAUUGAUGCCCUCAUUGUGCAUGCGAGUCGUGUGCAAAAAGUCGCCGAUAAUGGUAAACAUCAUCAGCGUCGUCGUAACCCCCAUUCCCAUAAACAUACCCAUUCACAUCUAUUCUCCAUUCAUUCUGUUCGUGCAGCAUUCAGCGAGGCUUUCAUCACCACCUUUCGCACCUUCAUUCAGCCGAUCGAUGUGAUCGAGAAGCUGACCCAUCGCUAUACAUACUUCUUCUGUCAGGUGCAUGACCAGAAACAGAAGGCCGCCAAAGAGACCUUCUCGCUGCUGGUGCGCGUAGUCAAUGAUCUGACGUCAACAGAUCUAACCAGUCAGCUACUCAUUUUGCUGGCGGAGUUUGUCUAUCAACUGAUCUGCUCCAGCCAACUCUAUCAGGCCAAAUUGCUGCACAAUAAAUUUGUGGAGAAAGUCAAUCUCUAUAAGGAGCCAAAGACCUAUGGCUUCCUCAACGAUACCGAUCAUGCGGCUGGCAUGGGAUUUGGUACCGGUUUCGGCACUGGCGGCGGAGGACCAACAGGCAAUGGCUGUGGUAGCCAAAUUAGCCUGCUCGAUCUUAAGUCGCUGGACAUUGCCGAACAGAUGACACUUUUGGAUGCCAAACUGUUCCAAAAGAUUGAGAUACCCGAAGUAUUACUAUUUGCCAAAGAUCAGUGUGAGGAGAAAUCGCCCAAUCUCAAUAAGUUCACCGAGCACUUUAACAAAAUGUCCUAUUGGGCGCGAUCCAAGAUUCUGCGUCUCCAGGAUGCCAAGGAGCGUGAGAAGCAUGUGAAUAAGUUUAUCAAAAUAAUGAAACAUCUGCGCAAGAUGAACAAUUAUAAUUCGUAUUUGGCUUUAUUAUCGGCCUUGGAUUCGGGGCCCAUACGAAGAUUGGAAUGGCAAAAGGGCAUUGCCGAGGAAGUGCGUUCAUUUUGCACACUCAUCGAUUCCAGUUCCAGUUUUCGAGCCUACCGUCAAGCCUUGGCCGAAACGAAUCCACCCUGCAUACCCUAUAUCGGUCUAGUUCUACAGGAUCUGACAUUCGUGCAUGUGGGUAAUCAGGACUAUCUGUCCAAGGGCGUCAUUAAUUUUUCCAAACGUUGGCAGCAAUACAAUAUUAUUGUGAAUAUGAAACGUUUUAAGAAAUGUGCCUAUCCAUUUCGACGAAAUGAACGAAUCAUACGCUUCUUCGAGAACUUUAAGGACUUUAUGGGCGAAGAGGAGAUGUGGCAGAUAUCGGAGAAAAUAAAGCCACGCGGUCGUCGUCCGGUUAACUAUUAGUUUCACCACACACACACACACACUCACAACAUACACAUAACAACUAAAUAGUGCAAUGGGUUUCAUUUCCGUCCUAUGCUGGAGGAAACCCCCUUUUAUUUCACAACCAAUACUACUUACUUACUACUUCGAAAUGGGUCUGAAUAAAUAUCAUACACUAUUCGCCUAUCUACAUAAAGAUACAUACAUACAUACAUACAUACAUACAAACAUAACAUUUAACUAGCUUUAAUGCUAUAGAGAUGCCCAAGCCAAUAAGAUGAAAGCAACGGAUACGGAUAUAUGAACUAUAUAAAUGAUAUAUAUACACAUAUAUUGC